AUGACAGCAACACGAACAAAAGAAAAUAGUGAUAAUAUUAAUUUUUUCAAAACACCAUUACGAACACCAUUACGUACUCUCAUUCAUGGUACAUUAUCAUCGGUCAGAUUAACGGAUCUAUCAUCAUAUUCAAGUAAAAAAUUAUCAAAAUUUUCGUCGAAUAGCGAUAUUUACAACAUUGGUAACAAUAAUAAAACACCAUUACGUACACCACUAACAACAUUAAAGUCACAAGUAACAACUCUGUCAUCUUCACGUCGUGCUUUAGCGUCAAUCAAUCAUAAUACUCCAUUUAAUUUGAAUGAUUUUUUUCUAUCAUCGUCUGAUUCAUUUAUAACUUCAUCAACAUUGAUGAAGGAUGAACAGCAAUCAACAUCCAAUACAGCACAACAAAUGGAUGACGAUGAAAAUGAAUUAAUUGAUCCAGAUGAUCAAGAUUUACCACAUAAUUGUAACAAUGAAGAAGAUACAUUCGAUGAUUUAAUACCAGAAUAUGAAAGAAUUGAACGAAUAUUGCCAUUGUUUCGAGAUGUUAAUAUAAUCAAUUAUAAUGUUUAUCAUGAAAAUUCAAUACGAAAUUUAUCAUCACCAACAUUAUUAGCGUCAAGAGAAAGAAUAUUUGAUGAUGAUAAUGAUAAUAAUAGAGUUGCUGAUUCAAAUUUUGAUAUUGGAUUACUUGAUGUUAAUUAA